AUGAAACCAGCGGCUGGGACGCCUGAAUUCAUUAGGAAACUAUUAGGAAGGGAAUAUCUUGAUUCGGAUCCGUUUGUUGACUGCAAGAAUGGUGAUGAAGUUAACGGUUUUAACUUAGAAACGGAGGGCUUUAAGAAGCCCAUUAUUGUCCACAACAAAUCCGGGCUUCGUAUGAAAGUUCCGCCAUCCGAUUUUACUCUUCACGAUGUUAUCGAAUUCACGGAUCCCGAAAUCCAAAUCGCUGUAAUCGAUGUGAAAGAUCAGGCUGAUUCAAUGAUGCCUCUGGGUGAAUUUGUCGAAAAAUUUUAUGCAAAGCCUCGUGGACGGAUUCUGAAUGUUCUCAGUUUUGAGUAUUCGCGAACUAAAUUAGCCACUUAUAUCCGUCCACCACAUGUUGUUAAAGAGUUGAGUCUAGUGGAUAAUUGUUGGGCAGAGCCUGCGGACGAGGACGACGAAAUUGGACCAGUGGCUCCGGACAGACCUUACGUUCAAAAGUACUGUCUAAUGAGUAUGGCCGGCUCUUACACCGACUUCCAUAUCGAUUUUGGAGGAUCAUCUGUUUGGUACCAUAUCCUUUGGGGUGAAAAGAUCUUCUAUAUAACUCCACCGUCAAAGCCAUAUUUGGAUGCUUAUUGGGCUUGGAAUGGGCUGGUUGAUAAUCGCCAAGUAUUCUAUCCCGACACACUCAGUGAGUCGUUAUUAUUGUCCUUAAAUACCCCUAUCCCAGUGGCAGCAUUGCAUUUAAAGGCUGGUGAUACAGUCCUACUUCCUUCUGGAUGGAUUCACGCUGUAUAUACGCCCAAAGACAGUCUCGUUUUUGGAGGCAAUUUUCUCACACAAUUUAGCAUUCCGCUACAACUCCACGUUUACCACAUGGAAACGGUCCAGGAGACUGAACAACGAUUUCUCUUCCCCGCGUUUGAGAAGCUUCAUUGGUACGCAGCUGACGUGAUCCUAGGAAAAUUAACCAAUUACCUAUAUGCAAGCCAGGAACCCCCACCUUAUCUCCUAAAGGCAGCAAACGCUUUAAUUAACCCCCUUCAACAAUGGUUAGAGAAUAGAAAGGAUGUAAGUCACUUUUCUAUAUAUGCAUCCAUUCUCUUUUUACCGAGUAUGUGUGGUCCUUAUUCUUACUGUUAA